AUGGUGGAAGAGAACGCAGAGUACUUUAGGCGAGCGCCUACGGCGAUGUUGGAUGGAAUUGCUCUCGCCAGACAACAUGGCGAUUAUGCCGCCGCCGACUCUUUACUGUCUGUGUUCCAUCAGUUCCUCCUCUUCCGGCUCGUCCUGAACCCACACCCAUGGCUGACUGGCAUUGCGGCCGGCCGUUUUGCCAGGUAUACCGGCAGCUUUGCUCAGGAGCAGCGUCUCACCGCCGCGUUGCUGUGGAAUGUCCUUUGGCCCUCUGCAACCUUACAUGCCUCGACGAACCUGGCCGGUGGCUUUCUGGGGCGAAUCGUGAACAUCGGCAUCACCGCAGCAGUCUUUGCCAACACAUGGCGUAGCUUGGAAGAUGCCCCGGAAGUCAAAAGAGUCCCCCCCCCCGGUUUAGGGUUUAGGGUUUACGGUUUAGGGUUUAGGGUUUAG